UCUUCUCCACCACCAGUGUCUCCUCUGCCUCUGCCCGACACAGCCGUCCCCGUGAUGUCCCUCCUGUGCUCGGCGUCCCCUCUCCACAUCUGAGCGGUGCAUGGAUCUAAUGAUGAUGAAGAAGAAGAAAUUCAAAUUCAAGGUGGACUUUGAGCUGGAUGAACUGUCUUCUGUGCCCUUUGUCAAUGGAGUGCUCUUUUGCAAAGUCCGACUGCUGGACGGCGGAUUCUCAGAGGAGUCAACUCGGGAGCAGGUGCAGGCCAACUGUGUGCGCUGGAGGAAGAUGUUUUCUUUCCCCUGUAAAAUGAGCGCUAACGCAGGGACCGGAGUGCUGGACCCCUGUGUGUGCAGAGUAUCUGUGAGAAAGGAGCUGAAAGGAGGGAAGGCCUACGCAAAGCUCGGUUUUGCAGAUCUGAACUUGGCAGAAUUCGCCGGCUCUGGAAACACGACUCGCAGGUGUCUCCUGGAAGGUUACGACACUAAAAACACAAGACAGGACAACUCCAUUCUGAAGGUGAUUAUCAGCACACAGCUCAUGUCGGGAGAUCCUUGUUUUAAAACGCCCCCGUCCACAGCCACAGUGGUGGGUCUGCAGAGCGAUGGGGAGGGUCUGCUCGAGGAAAGAAAAGGUGGAGACUCCCAGAAAUCCUCAGAAAAUCGAGAGGGGAAGUGUCCGGUUGUUUCUGAUGAUCUGGGAGGGUGUGGUCACUCUCGGACGUCCAGCUACGCCAGCCAGCAGUCCAAAGUCUCAGGCUACAGUACGGGCCACUCGCGCUCCUCCAGUAUGACGGAGUUCAGCCAUCGCAGAAACCACUCCAUCGGCAGCACAUCGACUGGGAUCGGCAGCAUUCCGGAGCCGAGCGAGGAGCGGGAAAACCGGACGUGCCCAGUUUUACCAGAGCACCCGAACACAUCGCCGCCCAACAGCACCGCUAGCUCCUCCCCUGUCCGGAGCGCGUCGUCAUGUGAACGCCUCAACAGACACCCCGUGAAGCAGGACUCGAUGGAGUCUCAGUUGAAGCGAAUGGACGACACUCGAGUGGACGCUGAUGAUGUGGUCGAGAAGAUCCUCCAGAGUCAAGACUUCACCCCAAGUUUACUCGACUCCAGCGCAGAGGAGGAGGGUCUGCGCUUGUUCGUGGGCCCAGGAGGAAGCACCGCUCUGGGCAGUCAUCACCUCCCCACCAGAGUUGGAGCCGGGGCGUAUGAACAAGUCGUCAUGAAGCGUUAAAAUCAGACCAGACGAACUCGGAGGAGCUCACAUGUCUCUGCAGCACUGGGUCUCAAGUCUGUGAACCGCCAAACAACGCCCCCUGGUGUUUAAACCUGCGUCAUUACACUGCAGGAGGCUUGAACAUGGAGGUUUAUCAUCUCAAAAAUAGACCUGUGAAAUGAAGUAAAGAAAAGAAUCUACUAACAGAAACGGUCAGAAAAUACAAUUACGAAGGAUUUUGUGACUGACUGGACCAAGCUAAACUAAAAGACUUGAUUUCAAUACAUUCCUCUGUCACUCUACAGCAGUGACUGGUAUAAAGCUGUUGUUGCUAAAAGCUGCUGUUGCUGCUAAACUGUGGUCCCUGCACUUUCGUUGAAGGACAAUUUAUUACAUUGAUUUGAUAUAAUUUUUUUAUUUAGAUAUUAUUUGUGUUUUUUAGACUUAUUUUCGUGUUCGAAAUUCAUUUUAGUCAUAAUUUACCAGGGCAAUGAACCAGACUGGAGUUCACGCAGGCAAAGAGGUUUUCCUCUCAAUUUUAAAGGUGUAGUACGUAACUUUUCUACCGGAGGGUUCGCUACGUCCUUGUCUCCAUGGAGAUGUUAUUGCUUCACCUGGAAUGCCCCACACUAUGGCAUUAAACAUAUCCAUCUCCACAUUAAGCUGUUUUGUAAGGCAAUAAAAUCACCUGUAAGUGAUUAAAUGCAAGAUGGAGACGUUUAAUGCCAUACUGUGGAACAUUCCAGGCAAAUCAAUAACAUCUCCAUGGAGAGAAGCAGGUGGCUGACUCUCCACUAUAAAAGUUACAUAGUGCAUCUUUAAACACAUUUACUUUUCAUUUUAGUUGAAGACAUAUUUGGCUUAUAUUUAAGUCUUGUUAGUCCAUAAUUUUGACCAUAUUUUUCCUUGUAAACGAAAGUAUUGUCUUAUAUAAAUGACAGGGCUAUUCGGGUUAAUCUUGUGGUUUUCGAAUGAGUUGGACGUGAUUAUAUUAUUGAUACUUUGCAGCCGACGUCAUCAACAUUCUCUGGGGGUGUGAUGCUAACUAGAUGCACUGCUCUGUCUUGAGCUCCAUUAGACUUUAAUCUGAUUUUUAUUUUAGCACAAUCACACAUUUAUCUGGAACUACAACAGGUGAGAUGAUUUGUGCUGUUUUAACAAGUCCCUCUCGUAUAACAAAUAACAGUGCAGUCACAAGCUAGCUAGCAUUAGCCAACAGUUUUUCAGUUAGUCACACUCACUGUUUUUGAAAAUUAAACACCUAAACAGGACCAUGAACGCUCGUAUUGAUCAAACUUCUCAAAAUAUGCAUCUAUUAUUUUUUGAGUUUUCAGCGUGUGCAUUGUCUCCAUGGUAAAUCCUGAACACUUCACGCUGGGGGUGUUCUACAUGUAUCUCUAUGGUGAAGUAUCAAUUCACUGACAUGUCCUCUCUUUGUACCACAACUUUUAAAGCCAAUUUAAAAAUACUUUCUGUCCAAUAUUCCAACAUAAUGAUAUGAAAAUGUACUGUUCUGUGUUCAGCUUUGGAGAAUAUCACUUUUUUUUUUUUUGAAUAACCUUUUCCCUCGACUAAUCAUAGGACUGGGUUUUAUUUACAUUUGAGUGAUUUGAGGUUUUAAAUGGGAAGGAAAAUAUAAGGUUCCUCUAUAGGAUUUCCAUGGACUUGUCAAAUCCUAGUCCAUUGUGUAACUGUUUCCAAAGCUUGUUCCUUUUACAUAUCUGGGGUUAUUUUUGUCAAGUAGGAUUGGGCAAUAUGAGGAAACAAUUAGGGAUACACCGAUACGAUACUGGCAACAGCGCUAAUCCAGGACAUUUAGUUGGAUCGGGUAUCGGUCCUAUGAUAUCGGUUCAUCCAAUAUCCUGGUUGAGCCUUUAAUUGGAUGUAAUAAGACUUUCUUGGCUGAUGUAGGUCUAGGAUUUCUCAUAAUAUUUUAACUUUCAUUCAUAGAAAGUGGAUCCGUUUGGGCUAUUUCCCCAAAAAACAUGACAAUUCUCAGAUCUUACACUGGUAUUAAUAUCGAGUAGUGGCAGAUACUUAAAGACAAAGUAUCGAUAUCAGGCUGGAUUGGUGCAGCCCUAAAAGCAAUUAUAUAUUAUCACAAUUUCAUAAGAGUAAAUCAGAGUUUCCAAACCACGGAAUGCAAUAAUACGCAAGCCAUUUAAAGGUAGUAGGUGAAAUUGAACAGUAUUUGAAUUAAAAUGUAAAUAUGUGUUUUGGAGGAUCAAUAUAAUUUAAACAAGCAAAUGUAUUGGCAAUAAUUGACAACAUACUGCUAUAAUAAACACACUAAUUUGCUGAGUAAUCAAGUUAGGGGGCACUAGGACCGUGAGACAAACAUUAAAGGGCACUCAGAGCAUAAACAUUGGACAAGAUUAUGAUUUUGAUUUGAUCCGACCAUGUCCAGUCAGUAUCUUUAUUAAAGUCUUUAAAAAGUGACUAAACUAAAGCCAUCUACUCCCUCUAAAGCUUCACACUUCACUGUGAUUGGUUCGAUCCACCUGUCAAUCACUCAGCAUAAGACAGAGGGUGACCAAUAAGACGAGAGGGCGGGGAAAAGCACUGGGUCGCAAAAAUAUUGAUAAUCACAAGAAAAUAUAAGUAAAAUGGACAAAAAGGUAGAACUUAUUGAGUAGGUUCUACGUUAGACUUGGGUUUGUCUUGGUUUAGUCUCUGUUAAAGUUUCAUUUUGACACAGUUUGACUAAUUUACCUGAAGUUAUUGUACUAAAAAGUGUAUUAAAUAAAACAUUGCAUUAAUACCGUCAUCACUAUACAAACCCGAUUAGUGAAUAUAACAUCUUUUUUCUUAAAUCACACAGGUGUAAACUGAAUCACAAUAAUUAAAAUAGUUUAUCUCCGUAUCGCCCAACCCUGCUGUCAAAACAUCUCUCACUUCUGACCAGAGUCGAUGUUUUAAACUGUUGCUUCUUAUGAUUUAGGGACUGUACAAAGGUUAUUGCACUGCCAGUGUAGAGAUAGUUGCUUCUUUAUCUAAACAGCUGGUCUGUUCAUAUCAAUAGAAAUAGAUACGCCAGAUAUUUAACUAGAAACUGAAAAAACACCACCAUAGAGCAGCUCGUGCUAACUAGCCUUUAGCUUUUAGUCAUUCCUAACCUCGGGAGUAAUCUCAGCUAUUGAAAAGCCUUAAAAGUUGACAGAUUUUGUUGGGAAAAAGUGGAUUUUUAAAGGCGCUGUACCUGAUUUGUCAUCUUUAAAAUUGCGAAAAACUAGUUAAAUUUAAACGGUUUGAAGUGAUCCAAAGUUAUUCCUCACUUACCUUAUGAAUAUUUAGGAUACUUGGAAAACAUAAUUAUUUUCCGUCACGGUAAAACUAAGAGCAGCCGGCAUGCUAACGUGCUCUUCCUGUAGCUCGGACAAUAAUACACUUUUCAAUUUCAUGCAGAUUUACUUUGAAAUCAAGAGCUGCUUAUACAAUAUAUCUGUAAAGAGGCUCGUUUUGCUCAAAUACAUGUGAAAAAUCAAGUACAGAGCCUUUAAGUAGAUGUAAUGUUUUUCUGUCACUUACAAAAUAUAAAAUUUAAAAUGUUUUAUUUCAGUUUUUGCCCAUAAAGUUACAUUGGCCCUGCCUGUCGUCAAAUUGUAGAAUGUGUUUAAAGUGCAUUUGACAGUUUUUUUGAAUUAUUACUUUGUUAAAAUGGUUCCUGUGGUAAAUAUUUCUCUGUUUUACACCGGUGAAGUGGCAGUUUGUGAAUAAAAGUUUAGAAAAAUUACAGGAAGUAGUGCUAAGUUUUAAAAUGGAACCUCCCUUAUGACAAUACACAAAAUCUCCAAAAUGCAUGGACAGUUUAUGUACAAGGAAGGCGUUUUUUUGACGGUUUAAACCUUUAUUUAAAACUAUUGUUCCUACUAUUAAUUCGACAGGAUUUGGCGCUUGUUAACAUUAUAGUUGCUAGGUAAAUUAUGGAAUUACCCCUCCGUAUGUCAUAUCUGCUGCCGUGUCCAACCAGGAAGUAAAAUGAUAAACUUCACCAAAAUUUUUAAAAAGAUCAUACAGUUUUUUUUUCCUAAAUCUGAAAUAUAAUUAUCUUAACAGUGUUUUACGAGUAGCCCAAACCUGUCAUCUGCACUUUAAACAUUUUGAAAACCAUUAUAAAAUCCAAAUGAGUUGUGAAUGAGUGGUGAGUUUAUUACAAAGAUGAGCUAAAGUGGCGUGUACCAUUUUGUUGUAAGCCAUAGUAGAGGUAGCGCUCCUCACCUUAGACUAACUGUGCACAAAUCUGUGUCUCUGUUCUGCAUGCUCCCGUGUCUGUCAACCGGUAAAUAAACUUCAUUAUAUUUAGGGCUGGGUACUGUUAAAACAUGCAAAAGAAAAGGCUCGGUCGCUAUUUCGAUACUAGACUAAUACCGGCAAUGCAUUUUAAGACGAUGUAAUGUCAUUAUUACAAAACAAGAGCUUUUUCUCAGCGUGUGGUCUUAAGUUAUAGAUUUUUUUUUAGGUUUUUUAGUUAGUAUCAAGUUCAA